AUGAAGAGCAGCUUUCAGGUACUGUUUGCGUUGCGUCAUCACAGAAAUUUGAAUAUCAAUUCAAAUUUGAUGCGCACUUCCGUCCUCUCACUAGCGGUUCGAAAUCAAAAUGAAACAAUUGUGCGAAUACUUCUGGAUCACGGCUGCGCGCUCAACAAGUUCUCACCAGAUGACAAUGGUCAUCUGGAGACUCCGCUGUACACAGCUACUCGACUCCAUAAUUACAACAUCGUUCAGCUACUCCUGAUGUAUGGAGCAGAUCCGAAUGUAACCGUAUCGAGCAAUCGGACACCUCUAUUCAUUGCAGCCAAGGAACGGUGCUUUAAUAUUUGCAAUCUAUUAAUUGCAUUUGGAGCAAAUCUGGACAUCCCGGACUGUACUGGUCAAACUCCCUUGCAUCUUGCGUGCAGGAACAAUGAUGGUUCUAAAUUUUGUGAGCGAAUUGCGAUGUUACUCAUUGCUCAUGGAGCAAACGUGCGAGCUGCCGAUUUCAAACGACGCAUUCCUUUGGAUUUUGCUGAAAUAAAUGCAUCCAUUGCCAUUAUUGAAGGCCUGAUCGAAGACGGCUCUCCGAUCAGUAAACACAUGAAAGAACGGUUCGUUCUUCAUAUAUUUGUGAAGUAUGUUAUAUGUCAGAGACACAGCAGCAAAAUUUGCUUGAGCUAG